UUUAUUUAAUUAUUUUAAAUUUUAAUGGAUCGAUUAUCUCAUUGAUUCCAAUCAUAAUAUCAACAGUUAUCCCCUAACUCUUCUACCAGGAGACGAUGGCCAACAGAAGCGAGUCUAGUAGACCACCAACGAUGGGACCAUAUCGCCACGUACCACCGCCCACUGUAAUUAACAGCAAGCCCGUCCCUGUAGCCCAUAUCCGAUAGGUCAUUGUUACCCAACCGGCUCAUCUCGGCCCUCCAUUCACCGAGAUCACCUCUCCGUGCCGCUUCGCCUCGGAUAGGACCGCAGCGCAGCCCAUUGCUCAGCAGCCGCGGGUCCAGAUGACACAUCAUGGGCUGUCUGUGGCAGGCGGGACCCACUGCGUGAUCCGAGUUAGACGGCGCACAAGCGGUCGAUGCGGACAGAUGGUGGGCAAAGGCCGCCGGCGCCCAAGUGUCCUCCAUUUCGCCGCUCCACCAUCCAAAUGUAAAUUGCGAGCGAUCGAUCGAUAUAUAAACGCCCCACCCCCACCCUUUAACCCACCCUCGCUUCUCGGAUUAGAGUCGUCAUCUAGCUGGGCAAAGGAAAUAAAAAGAGUGCAAAUAACACGGUGACAGAUCUUUACCCAUGGCGUCCACCGAGAAGUUGGCCACCGCCGGCAGAGUAGGAGGAAGAGGGGGGAAGGAGACGCACUUCCGGGGGGUUAGGAAGCGGCCAUGGGGGAGGUACGCGGCGGAGAUACGGGACCCGGGGAAGAAGAGCCGGGUCUGGCUCGGGACCUUCGACACCGCCGAGGAGGCGGCUCGGGCGUACGACGACGCCGCCCGCCAGUUCCGCGGCUCCAAGGCCAAGACCAACUUCCCCCGCCCUGAUUCCUACCCGUACCCCGGCAGCCCCAGGAGCCAGAGCAUCACGGUGGAGUCCUACGGCAGGGAAGCCACCGGACCGCCGCUCAAGAUCCCGCUCCCGCCCCCGCUCGACCUCAACAUUCACCACCGUGGCGGCGUCGGCGGCUGCAAGCGGUUUCCCUUCCACCCAUACCCGACCGUCGCCGCCACCACAGUGCCGGCGGGAUACCCGCGCCUCCUCUUCGACAUGACGGUCAGAUCGGAAAAAGCGGCUGCGAUCAGUCGCCACCACCUCCUCACGCUGUGUCCGCCCACGAUCCUCGCCGAUCCGCGGGCCGCGAUUGCCUGCAGCGUUGAUAGCGACUCGGACUCCUCCAUCGUGGAUCUCCACCCUAGCCACCGCUCUCCGGCUUCGCACAAGAUGCUCCCCUUCGAUCUCGACCUCAACCUUCCCCCUUCACCCGAGAUCGCGUGAUCCACCUCCUACCCCGCUACUUUAUCACAUCGACCAUCCCAGUCCGAGCACUUUCUUUCUCAUCUCUCCUUUCCAUCCCAUCCCUUUUACCAGGGCAAGUAAAAUGGUAACACCACCAACGGUGA